AUGGGCUUGAGGUUCAACUCCUUGACCUUUUGUUCAGAAACAAGGAUAACAGCAGCGGCACCAUCAUUGAUAGGGGAAGAGUUAGGAGCAGUAAGAGAACCAUCAGACUUGAAAACAGGUCUAGCAGACUUGAGUCUGCCUUCAUCAAGACGGGCAACCUCUUCGUCAACAGAAACAGUCACACCGGGCUUACCACGAGCACCAGGAAGCUCAACAGGGCUGAUCUCAGCCUUGAAUUUGCCAUCAGCAUGA